AUGUACGAUCCUGUCGAUUGUCUGCGAUACGACGGCCGUGAAAUCCCUGAGAAGCGCACCGCUAUUCUGCAAGGCUUUGAGAAAGCUGCUGGAUCAAAAGUCCUCUUAAUCUCAAGAGCAACUGGAGGGGUCGGUUGGAACAUUGCUGCAGCUAGUGUCGUCAUUCUCUGCGGUCCAUGGUGGAAGAGUCAGUGGGAGCACUGGGAGCAGGCUAUUAAACGUGCCCAUCGCCCUGGCCAGACUAGAGAAGUACUUGCCAAUAAAAUGGAGGCUGAUAAUUGCGCUCUGGAGGGUUACAAGGUGGGUUUGAUAUCAGAGGAAAGAUGGGGUCCUGCCAAAGGUCUGGGACAACCUUGA